CAGGCAGACUUUAAAAAUAAGAAGUAUACAGGAUAUUUGUCGGCGGACAAGACAUGUCCUGUAAACGUACGUUCUACCGCAUAUUCCAAUCUUGCAAUUCAGGAAUGAAUCCCGCGCCACCAUGACGGACGGCAUCUGGCAGAUGGUCAUCCAGAUCAUCCAUGGCGAAAUCGAAUUCGGCGAAGAGCGCGUCCAGAAAGACUCGGCGCUCGACCCGUCGAUCUGGUCGUCGCAGAUCACCGGCAUCCCGGGGACGCCGCCGCCGCACCGGCGUGUGUACGAGGAUCCGGACGUGGACGGAGACUCGCGUGAGUACCUGCUCGGCUCGAGCGCCGCCUUCAUCAACAUCCUGUUCACCUACCCGGUCUACAAGGUGCAGUUCCGGCAGCAGCUGAGCGGGCUGACGGUCGGCAGCUCCGUGCGGCAGCUGCAUGGCGAGGGCCUGCUUAUGCUGUGGCGUGGCGUGCAGCCUCCGCUCAUCCAGCGCUCGCUCAACAUGGGCAUCAUGUUCGGCAUGUACGACCAGUCGAAGCGCCUCAUCCGGCGCCACUACCCGCACUGCCCGCCGGGGUUUUACCGCCCGGCGUCGGCGAUGCUCGCCGGCUGCGUCGAGGCGGUGCUGACGCCGCUCGAGCGCGUGCAGACGCUGCUGCAGGACCCGCGCUACAACGAGCGGCUGCGCGGCACGUACGACGCGUUCGCGAAGCUGCGAGCGUACGGCGUCGCCGAGUACUACCGCGGCCUGUCCGUCAUCCUGCUGCGAAACGGCCCCUGCAACGCCGUCUUCUUCGGGCUGCGGCACCCCGUCAAGAACGCGAUGCCGGCGACGACGCACCCGCUGCUGACGCUCGCCGAGCAUUUCGCGAGCGGCGCGCUGCUGGGUACGUUCAUCAGCACAGUGUUCUAUCCCCUGCAGGUCGUCAAGACGCGCAUGCAGGCGAAGCUCGGCGGAGAGUUCCUGUCGAUCGCGCAGGCGGUCGCUGCCGUGUACCGCGAGCGCGGGCACAGCGUGCGCCGCAUGCUCAUGGGCGUGCACAUGAACUACGCGCGCUCGAUCCUGUCGUGGGGCAUGGUAAACGUCACCUACGAGAUACUGAGGAAGCUCGUCUACCCGUGCUAGCGACGCCGGCGGUAUCCUCCCACAGCAAGAUGGUAGAACCUCAGGGGGGGGGGUCUCGUGUAGGGGUCCUAUGAAAACCUCAGGUUGAGAGCUUGUGGAGCCUCGGGUGAAGCGCAUCGAGAGGGAUGCACAAAUCUACCUUGUAUCCUUGUGAUGUGGGGCAGGUUGUUUCUUGUUGAUGGUAUUUGUUGUCUGCCGGCCAUUCAUCCAUCUAUACGUUUUUUUUCCGUCCAUCUGUCACUCUGUCUGUCGCUCUGUUCAUCCAGGCCAUUUACCCUAUCAGUCCUUUCAUCCAUCCAUCAAUCCAACAAUCCAACAAUCUAUCCAUGUGUUAAUCGUUCAGCAAUACAAAAUUAUUAAAACAUUUUGUACCAAAUGUUAACAGA